UGGCUCAGCUGGGAGAGGGAAGACCACCCCUUGGGCCCCAACUCACGCGAACAACUUUAUUUGGAGCUAUGAGGAUCUCGGCUAGCGAAUUCUUCUCACUUUGUUUGGUUCUGGCAGCCGCAGCGCAAACCUGUGCGCCAGAGCAGAAGACUUUGGUCCUGCUGCAGACCGCCACGGCCAAUGGCCGCUCUCAGUCCUGGACGGAGCGUUUGCGCACGACGAGCGACCAUUCAAUGAGCCGUGCUAUGGGGCCGCCAGCCGCAGCUUCGUCUGCCUUGGCCCUGGCGCAGUUGCUUCAGGAGAGAGCCCAGCUACAGCAGAUGUCUAAAGCGCUGGGCUUGUCCUCGCUGGGCAAUACAGCCAUAGUGUCAGUCGUCGCUGCAGUGUCAGCGCUUUUGCUGGCCAUCUGCGUUGUUGGGUGUUUGAUCACCUACCAGCCCAAGCCCGACUACAGCGAGACAGAGAAUGAAGCAUUGAGGACAUCCUUGGAGGCACACAACUCCUUCAUGCGAACAAGGCAGCAACCUUGCGCCUGCUGAUGCUUCUCACAACAAUGAUCAUGAAAUAGACGGAUAUCCAAGAUAUCUGCCAA